AUGAGAUGGGAUUUGACCUUCAAAGACAAGAAUGUCGAGAGUGCGUUAUGGGUGGAUGACAGCAGUGAGCGGGCGGGUGACUUUUUAUGGCUCGAACCGACCGGAAAAAGUCGACUCGUUUGCGCAGUUGGAGCACGAGUUCUAGAAGUUGAGGAUAGCAGAUUUAGAGUGAUUGAUGAUUUCUCUCAGGAACAAUGGCUGCCAAUAGACCGUCCUUAUCGUAUGAUGCAUGCAACUUCAGUGCAAGGUGUCGAAGAUAUGAUCAGUUUGAGCGAUUUGCACAAGGCCGCAUUGCUUCGAAAUCUAUUCGUGCGUUACAACAAUAAACUCAUCUACACGUAUGUCGGUUCCGUGCUAAUAGCCGUAAAUCCCAAUACUCCUUUGCCCAUUUAUUCAAUAGAGCAAAUUCGAUUAUAUCGUAAUCGACGAAUUGGUGAGCUCCCGCCCCACAUCUUCGCAAUCGCCAGCUCUGCCUACUGCAAUAUGAAAUCAAGUAAUCGAGAUCAGUGUGUCUUUAUUAGUGGCGAAUCAGGUUCAGGCAAAACAGAAUCUGCAAAAUUAGUUAUUCAGUUUCUAGCAACCAUAUCUGGCCAACAUUCCUGGAUUGAGCAGCAAGUUUUGGAAGCAAAUCCAAUCAUAGAAGCGUUUGGAAAUGCGAAAACGACGCGGAACGAUAAUUCGUCACGUUUUGGACGUAAUAUCGAACUGUACUUCUCGAGUAACGGCGCAAUUGAAGGUGCGAGAUUUGAGCAUUAUUUACUGGAAAAGUCGCGAGUCGUUUCACAAGCAUCAGAUGAACGAAAUUACCAUAUAUUUUAUUGUCUCCUCGCCGGUUUAACUGCAUCGGAGAAGCAAGAACUGUUCCUAAGUGACGCGAGCGAUUACUACUACCUGAAUCAGGGUGAUGCUGUGGGAGUGGAAGGCCGGAAUGAUUCAGCCGAUCUGGUCGAGAUCCGUUCUUCCAUGAAAGUUCUGAUGUUUAAAGACUCAGAAAUUUGGUCCAUUUUCAAAAUUCUUGCUGCAAUACUGCAUGCUGGCAACAUCAAAUAUAUCGUCAAAUCAGUGGACAACAUGGAAUCAGUGGAAAUCAAAGAUACAUUUGAAAUCGAAAGAGUUGCGAAACUUCUUUCGAUAAAUAAAGAGUUGUUGGUGAACGCGUUGAUUAGUCGAAGUGUGAUGAUAGGAGUAGAACGCAUCGUAUCAUAUCUGACUGCUGAAGAAACUGUCAAUGUACGUGACAUCUUCGUCAAAGCAGUCUAUCAUCGGCUUUUCCUUCACAUUUUGGAAAAGAUCAAUGAGACUAUAAAUGGAGUCCGGAAAGAAGGGUCACAGAAUAAUACUAUUUCAAUUCUUGAUAUCUUUGGUUUCGAGAAUUUCUCUCGCAACGGUUUUGAGCAGUUCUGCAUAAAUUAUACGAACGAAACACUGCAUCAGUUAUUCAUCAAUUUAAUGUUCAAAAUGGAACAGAGUACUUACGAUAAGGAACAAAUAAAUUGGGGACCAAUCGAAAUUGUGGACAAUAAGGAAGUUUUGAAUUUGAUCGCACUGGGACCAAUGAACAUUAUGGCAAUUAUGGAUGAAGAAAGUAUUCUUCCAAAGGGUACUGAUCAAGGCAUGCUAGCAAAGUUGCAUGUGCACCAUGGAAGCAACGAAGGAUUGUAUUUUAAGCCUCGAUCUGAUUUAGACAGAUCAUUUGGCAUAGCUCAUUAUGCUGGCACUGUUUUCUAUCAUUCCAAAGGCUUUAUUGAGAAAAAUCGCGACAAGUUUUCUUCUAAUUUGCUCGAGCUUCUGCAUGCGAGUGAAUUUCGACUCCUCAAACUGCUCUUUGACGAUGUCUGCAACUACGAUGAUAUGUCAAUGAUGCGAAACAAGGAUCCAACAGUCGCUAGCCACUUUAGGAAAUUGCUGGAGAAUUUAGUUGCGAGUUUGGAGCAUAAAGAACCUUUCUUCAUUAAUUGCAUUGUACCAAAUGCGAUCAGACGCCCUCUGUUCAUGGAACGUGAAAUCGUUUACAAGCAAAUGAGUUAUAUGAGUCUACUGGAAAUGGUAAGGAUUCGGAAAUCAGGCUAUCCCAUUCGAUAUCAGUAUGAAUGCUUUGUGGAACGCUACCGCUUACUCGUCAAUGGUAUCGGCCCACCGCAUACGAUAAAUUGUCGUAUGGCAUCACAACGAAUUUGUGAUAUUACUUUGGGACCGAAAGCUGAUAUUAGGCUUGGAAAAACGAUGAUUUUUUUGAAGGAGGACCAGCAUUUGCUACUACAACAAGAACAAGAACGUAUGUUGACACUGCGAGUGACAAUAAUUCAGAAAACCGUUCGUGGGUGGAUUCAUCGAACACAAUUUAAGCAGAUGAAAGCUUCCGCUAUCAUCAUCGAAAAGUAUUGGCGAUGUUACAUACAACGUCAACGAUACCAUCAGAUACAAUUAGGAUUUGCAAGACUUCAAGCGAUCUUUCGUUCACGGCAAAUUGUCCUGCACCACAAGCUGUUUCGAGCUAUCAUAACGAAGUUUCAGCAAAACCUAAUGAACUAUUUUCAUGCUCGUUGCCGUGGAGCGGUGGUACGAAAUACACUUCGGCGCAAAAUCGAGCACGGCCAACGGUAUCCUGCAAUGAUGGUGUCAGAGGUUGAUGUCCUGAGUAGCAAUGCUAGUCUCACUUCAGUCUCUGUCAACGAGGAUGACUGUGAUACUGCUCUGGUGGAGUGCUUAUUCGGUCAUUCAUCGCCUAACAGUAUCUCUGAUUGUGAUAUUUUUCAAACUGAAAAGUGGCAGCGACAAAAUGAAAUUUAUCGGUCGACAACCCAUAAUGAGAAAGCAGUAGCAAGAGUAGCAAGCAAUGACAACCUGAUUGCUUUCCAGUUUGAAAAAUUUGCAGCAGCAUAUUUUCAAAUACAGAACAAUGCUCAUUACAUGCGAAAGCCACUUCGCACUGCACUGCUAUCACAUGAUUCCGAUUUGGAUCGUGCUGCAGCAUUAGCAAUUUGGUUGGUGAUACAGCGUUUUAUGGAUGAUACAGUGGAACCAAGAAUCUCACCGCCUCCGCAGAAUUUCAACAACGUCAAACAUACAUCUGUGAUAAGCAAGCUACACAUGAUGAUAAGUGGAAAAGACGUGUUCAAAAGAACAAGCCAGCGUGAAAGUGACUAUGAACAGCCAUUCAACUCGACACAACACCUUUUUUCAACCGCGGAGCUGGCUUUUCCGCAGCAGAAUGCUCUCCCGACACACACCGGUGCGCCACGCGGCGAAAGAGGAAUACAAACGAGAAAUGUCACCGGACACGGUGGUUACCAGCAGUAUUACAGCACAUUUUUGAGUGAGGCUGUGCUGUCUAACCAAGACAAAUUGCAAUUCAUCGUCGGACAUGGCAUUCUACGAUCAGAUAUGAGAGACGAAAUAUACUGCCAAAUAUGCAAGCAGUUGACGAGAAAUCCGUCAGAAAGUUCGUGCGCCCGUGGUUGGAUACUGUUAUCGUUGUGUUUAGGUUGCUUCACUCCAACGGACCGUUUCUUGCCUUAUUUGCAAUGCUUCAUACGACAAAGCUGUCCUGCUGGACGUUUUGCGGAAUAUAUAGAAAGCAAAUUAAAGCGGACAUUAUCAAACGGAACACGUAAUUAUCCUCCCAACUCCGUAGAGAUACAGGCAUCAAAAAUGAGAAAGCCGGUAUCAAUUCACAUUACAUUCAUGGAUGGUACUAUGAUAACUGUUUGUGCAGACUCAGCGACAACAUCCCGAGAGAUCUGUGAUGAACUUGCAGAGAGCAUUUCACUCAAGGACUCGUUUGGAUUUUCUCUUUAUAUUGCGUACUUCGAUAAGGUAGUAUCGCUCGGUUGCGGAAUGGAUCACAUCAUGGAUGCAGUAAGUCAGUGCGAACAGUACGCAACGGAAACAGCUAAGGAAAUUGUAAAUCCAUUAUGGCGUUUCUUCUACAGGAAAGAAAUUUUCAGUCCGUGGCAUGAUCCAAGCAGCGAUUCCAUAAGCACCAAUUUAAUUUAUCAUCAGAUCAUCCGAGGUGUCAAGUAUGGCGAAUAUCGCACUACUAAGGAAGAAGAAUUGGCAGUACUUGCUGCCCAGCAGUACUACAUUCAUCACGAGGAUGCUGCGAUAAGUAUUGAUAAGCUGGAAAACAGUUUGGUGAUGUACCUUCCGGAGGACGACGUUCAGGAUACCAACGAGAACAGCUGCAAGAAGUGGUUGCACCUCGUACUUCAUGCCUUCAGGAAGAAAUUUCAACAGAACCGUCCAACAGCUGAGCAAGUGAAGGCAGAUGUGGUUACAUUCGCCAAACAGAAAUGGCCACUGCUUUUUUCCAGAUAUUUUGAAGUGUUUAGUUAUGCCAACUCUUCUUUGCCCAACAGUCAGUUGCUCGUAGCGGUAAAUUGGGAAGGCGUUGUUGUGGUCGAUGCUCAGGACAACGUUGUUCUACAGCUUCCUUAUCCACAAAUUUCACGAAUUGUAUCUAUGACAAAUAACAGAAGUAUCGAAAUGCUUAUGAUUGAAACGGUCAGUGGCGACGAGCACUGCUUCCAGUCUCCUAAUACGAAUGAUAUUAAGCAACUUGUUGAAUUUUUCUUGAAUGGAUUAAAAAAUAAAUCAAAAUAUCUUUUGGCUCUUCACGAUCAUUUCGCCAACGAAGGCAAUUGUGAACAGGAAUGGAGCAUCUGUUUGAGUUUCAAAAGGGGCGAUUUGUUGUUCCUGAGCGACGGCUACUGUGGGGCGUCGCUUCGCAGCAGUCAAUUUGUUAGGGGAGAAAAUAUGAGAACCGGUGGUCGAGGCAUGAUACCUGCCAGCUUGGUUCAUGUCCUUCCGACCAUUUGCAAACCAUCUGCGGAAGCAACGGAUCUACUGUCACGUUCUCAAAAACUCGACUGUCCUAUGAAUAAUCGUGAAAUGUUGCUCACACGCCGUUUCAUAGUUAAUCACGAACACACGUUAGAACGUUUUGCUCAUGACAAUUUCAGAGCAUCGCCGCGAGCACCACAAGGCUUAAGUGAAAGUUUCUAUGAGCACUAUGUGCCAUAUAAUCUAUGGUCUUACAGUCGAGAGCCAAUAAAGAUGCCUUUGCUAAAGAAGCUGCAAGGGAAAAGAGAGCCAUCGCAAGCAGCAAUUAAAGGUUAUUUAGCAGUCUUAAAAUAUAUGGGAGAUUAUCCGUGCCGGCGCAUUUCAGCCAUCACUGAACUUACCGAUGAAGUUUUCAAAGGAGCGUUUAAAUACGAAAUCAUUCGAGACGAGUUGUAUUGUCAGUUGAUGAAACAGUUAACGUGGAAUUACAAUCCGGUGAGCAUAGAACACGGAUGGGAGCUAAUGUGGUUGUGCACCGGAAUAUUUCCUCCCAGUCAGUCACUCCGCAAUGAAGUGGAAUUAUUUUUCCGCACUAGACAACAUCCUUUGGCAUUACACUGUCUCAUUAGACUUCGACGAAUCCAUCGGACUGGACGUCGGAAAUUUCCGCCUCAUGAUGUGGAAGUGGAAGCAGUACGACAGCGAACUAUGCAAAUAUUCCACAAAGCUUUCUUUCCUGACAAUUCCGCCGAGAUUAUAGAAGUGGAUUCGACAACGAAAGCUCGGGACUUCUGUCAUCGAAUUGCAACACGUCUGGGACUCAACUCCGUGGAUGGAUUUGCUCUGUUUGUGAAAGUCAAUAGCAAAGUGAUCUCAGUACCGGAUGAUGAAUUUUUCUUUGACUUCCUACGCCAGCUGUUCGAGUGGUUGCGUCCCAAAAACGGAACAGUAUUUCAGUUUUCGUAUCAACUUUUCUUCAUGAAAAAGCUAUGGAUUAACACAGUACCCGGAGAAGAUCGUAUUGCUGACCUGAUUUUCCACUAUCCUCAGGAAUUACCAAAGUAUUUACGUGGUUAUCACUCAGUCACUCGACAGCAAGCAGUGGAAUUAGCAGCUAUAGUACUUCGCGCCCGAACUCGUGACGAUAAAGCAGCACCGUUGUCGCAGUUGGCGCAAAUCAUCUCUGAUAUUGUCCCGCGUGACAUGAUUAAGACAUAUAGUGGUACUGACUGGAAAAAGUUCAUAACCAAUGCGUACGUUGAACGUUAUGAAAACAUGCCGUCAAGUGAAGCCAAAAUACGUUUCCUGAAGACGAUCGCUGAAUGGCCUACCUUCAGUUCUACGUUCUUCGAGGUAAAGCAAUCAUCGGAUUCAGCAAUUCCGGACAAAUUGCUGGUAGCGAUCAAUAAGACAGGUGUUCAUUUAUACAACCCAUUAACCAAACAACGCAUCGUCCAUUAUCCAUUCACAAUAUUAAGCAACUGGAAUAGUGGCAAUACAUAUUUCCAUAUGACUAUCGGAAGUUUAAUGAAGGGCGGUCGAGGUACUCGUCUGCUUCUGGAAACAUCGUUGGGCUACAAAAUGGAUGACUUGCUAACCUCUUAUAUCAAGCUGUUCCUCAACAGCAAUCGAUCUUUUGCCGGAAUGAGUGAAAGCGAAGUUCCGUGA